ACUCGCUUUGUUGUUGUUGUUGUUCUCCGACGAACUAUCGCUGUGGUGCCGCCGCCGAAUGACCGCAGUCGUUCUCGAAUUUUCAUCCGUUGCGUUUUUGCCACUGGCGACGCGCUCCGUCCGCAUCGCAUCGUGACUAUUGUUUAUCCGUUAUUAAAUUAUUAUUUGUAUCGUUUCCGCCGUCCGCGCAAGACGACGGCCGAAGCGACAUUUGUAUAUUUUUGCACGUAGACAUUCACGAAAUUAGCGCGCGUUUGUCGACGGAGAAUCUAUACGUAAAUAGUUGAUACGCUGUAGUAUUAUUGACAUUAUUUUUUGUUAUUAUUAUUAAUCGACGUCACUGUCGCGAUAAUAAUAUUAUUAUUUUACUGUAUUACCGACUGCGACCCGUCGUUUUGUGACGUCGUCGCCAUUGCUGUUUCGGCGAUUUUCUUUCGUUCUUCCCGAGUGCGACAGAGAAACGGAAGAAAAAAACAUUGUUCGUUCGUCAGUGCGGUACCUUGUAAUAUCUUAUUAUUAUUAUUACUAUUAUUAUAAUUAUUGUAAAAACAGUGCGUUUGUCGUGCGUCGUUGUUCGGUUCAAUUCGAUUUUGUCAGCAAACUAGCACAGCCGCCCGCAGAACACGCGCCAGGCCGUGGCCCGUGCUGCCCGUCCGUGUGCUGUGCGUGCGUGCGUGGCGAACGCCAUCCUGAACGAGGCGAAGAGAUUUUGCCGUCGACGUCAUUACCAGAGACUACGAAGGCGACGACGACGUACGCCCCCGUUCGCCGCCGAUAGGUCGACAUUGCUCAUUAAAUAUUAUUCAAUGCAAAUCAUCAAUAUGUACAAACCAAUUCGUCCAAGGAGAAACAGCUUACCAAGCAAUGUACAUAGAAGUAAAACAAAAAAUUUACCUAAAGCAGAAUCCAGUCCAACUAAAAAUUCUAAAGUGAUUCAUGAAUCAAAAAAACCCAAAUCAAAAACGCCUAUUUGCGUUAAACAGCUUAAUUAUAAUGAAUCACAUACAAAGAAUGUUAGAAAAUUUAUGGAUCAUAGUUUGUCGGAUGGAGAUGAAAUUAUAGACGAUAAAGCAAAUUUUCAUAAAGUAGCUAAAAACAACCAAAUAAUAAAAGAUAAAAGACCUCAUAUGUUAUGUUCCCAGCCUAUUGACACUCCGAAUAGAUAUCUACAAGAAGUGCCAUUACAUCACUCUCCCCCAUCCUACGAAUCCCCACAAAAAUAUGGUCCUUACAAGAAAUUUAAAGAAGAUGAUAUAGAGCAAUUGGUUAUUGAAAAAUAUGCCCUGCUCAAACAACUCAUGAACAUCGAUGAACGAUGCAGCUCACCUAAUGGUGAUAACUUUUAUGCUGGUGCCAAAUUCAAUAAUUGCCCGUCUCCUGGAGAUUUGCCAUUGCCACCAAUGCAAUGGCUUAACUCUUGUCAAGCACAAGCAAAAUCCAUGCGGCAAAAAUCACCUCUUAUCUUCAACAUAACUAUCUAAGAUAUUCUUCAGAAUCUAAAUUUUGACAAAUGUUUUUUUUUUUCAUUAUUAUUAUUUGAUUUUACAUUUUAACGCUUAUUGUGAUUUAUUCACUAUCGUAUAUUCCCCUCCGCCUUACUACAUACCCCUCUUCCCCAUAUUCAUGAUGAAGUUGUCUUUUAAAUAUUUUCAACAUUUUAGUUACAAUUUAUACAUUAUCAUGUGUAAUAACUUUUAUUUUAUUUUAUCAGUCUCUUUUUCUUAACUAAAUUUUUUAAUCUUAAGUAUCAUAAUUAUUUAAAUGUAAUGUUUUUAAUUGUUUUUAAUUAUUUAAUUUUUUUUUUUAUUGUUUUUUUGUGACAAAACUCUCAUCAUGGACUGAUUUUUGCAUCAGUAUCUAGUCACUUAUUUAGGUGAACUACAAGUUUAUUGCAAUACAAAUAUUAGUACAUAGAUAGUUAUGAAAAUUAUUAUUUUAAACUGCUAUAAUAUAAUUUAAUUGAAUUGCUGAUUGGUUGUAAUAUUUAUGAAAAUCAAAUCUAUGUUUAAUAAGACAAUUUUUAUACCUAGUUGUAUUAUCAAUCAAUGUGUUAUGUCAUCAGACCCACCCCACCCAAUAAUUAAAUUAAAAAAAAAUUAUGUUAAGAAAAAAUAAUUCAUUUGUUAAUGUGAUAUUUGUGAUAAUAAAAUCAGCGAUUCAAUUUUUAUUUUUGUCAGUAAUUGGUAAAAUUUGUAUUUGAAUUAAAAGCUAUGAAAUUCAAAGAAAAUAUAACAUAAACAUAUAUAUGUAUCAGUUCAAUCAGAUAUAUAUGGAACUUGUCAUCGUUCCUUUAAAUGUUACCUUUUAAUUUAAUAUUUAUUCAUAUUUUAAUUUAACUACCAAUUUUAUAAAUAAUGAACAUAAGCACGUGAAAAAAAAAGUUAAAACAAAUGUUAUUUCAAAUACACUUUUUACCUUUCUCUGAUAUUAUUUAAGUGCAAUUGUGAUACAGAACAAUAUUAUUUUUUUUAAGGUUUACUUACCAUAAUUAUAUUACACAUAGUGAGCCCGUAUAUGUGUUGUAUCUUGUGAAUGUUGUAACUUUUGAAAAGAUUAAAUGAAUGUAUAAUGUUUAAAAGAUAGAUUGUUAAAAAAAGAUGCGAAUGAAUUUAAAUUGUAUGUCAACCUCUCUUAAGUAUAAUUAAUAAGUAUUGUAGUUCAAUAUCACAGAUUAUUAUAUACUAAUUGUUUUUUAAAAACUAUUCCACCGAUUGUAUCAACUAGAAUAGAUUUAGUGUCUUAAUGUGUUUUAGAGGUUGGUAUGCAUUCAUAUCAAAGAUUUUCAUACGAUCAAAAAUGUAAAUUGCUAUAAGUGAUAACUUAAAAAAAAAGAAUGUAAAACAGCAAUAUGUUGUUAACAAUACAUGCGUUUGUACUACAUAAUAUGUCACUUAUGCAAUAUUAAUUUUUGGUAUAGGUUUUCGCUAUAAAUAAUAUUGACAUACAAAGUGUGUGAUUGAAAUAAUGGGCACAAACCAUAUCCCAUUGAACUCCUUAUGUUGAGCAUUAGGCAUUAAUCUGUUAAGGUAGAUGGAUAAUGAAUAAUUCUUCAAAUUAGUUUUAAGGAACACAGUAUGUGUCUGUUUUAGUGGCUAUCCUAUUAUUGUUGAUAUUAUACAUAUUAUAAGGAAUGCGGCCAUUGGUGUGAUAUUACUGUGUUAUUUUUUUAUGAUAAAUUAUUUUAUUAUUGUUUAAAAAUAUAUGUUAAGAAUAUUAAUGUUGAAUUGGAAUUUUUUCUGUGAGACUGUUACAGUUAAAAAAAUUAAGUAUUCCAAUCCAUUAUGUGUAAGAUGAAUCACCAAUAUUCAAAUGUAUUUUUAUUUACUUAAAUUGUUUUACAAAUAUCUUUAAAAUUGUUAUUAAUGUUAAAACAUUUAGUAGUGUUUUCUUUUUCAAUUAGUGUAAUAAUUCAACUUGAAACUAAUUUUUUUUUUUUAUCAUUAACUUUAGGAAAAAAUGUAAAAACCAAAAAAAAAGAAAAAUCAAAAAAAAAAAAAAAAAAAAAUAGUAAUAAUAAUGAAAUACAGCCAUUCCUAAGCUGUUAGUAUUCCUUAUACGAUCUCAUUCUUAUAACAAUACUACUACAAGUACACUGCA